UACCUAUCUAACCUAGGUAUGUCUGACAGCUCGUACAGCGUCAUGAUGAUUGGUAGUCGAGAUAGCCCUACAUAUUCAGGGGUAAUUGUACCUAGGUAUGUAACCUUGGAACUAAAUGUAGUCUGCUGGUUGGCCCCCAAGAUGCCUUAUUUCGCUGCCUAGUGGUGGCAUGGAUCCAUUGGUGUAGCAUAAGGGACCUGUAAUAGUGGAUAUCUUCAUUACAAACAUGGCAAAGCUCAACAACCCUCUUUGAAGUCAUAGUCCUUCUUGGUUAGGUCGAGAUAACGUGGUUGCUUGGGUCUUUUUUUUCUUUUUCUUUUUAUAACUGUUGCUGAGAUUAUGUCAGGUGGUUCCUCUAUACAUUACCAUUUACUCUGAAGACAAAAAGAAAGCAGGUUGAACAGAAAUAGGUACAAGAGAUAGGAUGCCUUCAAAUCAACCUGCCACCACUGUGGCAAGACCGCUAUCCAUGAUGAAGAAGUUGUCUCCAUUUGUGUACUAUUACGAACCUUCCGAGGCGGCUGUCUUGCCGGAGCCUGCUCAUUCAGGCGUUCCAAGGCUUAUUCUUAUGGCAUCUUGGAUGGACGCUCGAGAAUUGCACAUUGCGAAGUACAUUACCCAAUACCAAGCCAUCUUUCCCUCCUCGGCCAUAUUGUUAGUCAAGUUCGCUACCAAGGAGCUCGCUUCUACUACGGUUGCCAACAGGACCGUUCAACCCGCUGUUGUGUACAUUCAGUCCCGGAUCGAAUCGGGAUUUCUGUCAGUAUCACCUAUGCAGCCCGAGAUCCUAGUGCAUUUGUUCUCUAAUGGCGGGUCGACCACUAUGAGGAUUUUGUACGAGAAUUUCUUAUCCCAGAUGGGCCAUACCUUUCCACUCCAUGCCGCGGUGUACGAUUCGUGCCCGGGGCUAUAUGCAUUUCUCCCGUCGUAUAAUGCGUUCAUAAUUGGCUUCCAGAAGGGAUUUCUUCGGUUCAUCGCAGCUCCGUUCGUUACGGCUCUUAUUGUUUGUCUCUGGAUCUGGCACCGACCUCUGAGGAUGCUGUCCGGGGAGGACUUUUUAGCAAGGAAUUCGAGGAUUCAUAACGAUCCGACGCUGGUUAAGCAAACAAAUCGUUCCUACAUCUAUGGCAAAGCUGACAUAAUGGUUGAUUGGAGGCACGUUGAGACGCAUAUAAAGCAAGCCGCGGCGAAGGGGUUCGUGACGAGGCAAGAGCUUUUUGAACACAGUCCGCAUGUGUCGCAUAUGAGAACCAACGGCGAACGAUAUUGGAAGAUCUUUAUGGAGACAUGGAGAAAGGCCACGGGUUAAGAGUUACUCACCGGUGCUUGAAGGUAUACAUGCCCAGUAUAUUGUGGUAGUCUUAAUACACAUGUGCAGUGGAUGGACACAUUCAAAUGUUCUUCAAUCUAUCCACCUAUAGCCGUAUUACGUUGUGACACACAAGUGCUCUCCGGUUCAUUUACAUCGGCAAUGGCUGUGUCCAGCCAGCCGGCAGUAUUGUAUUCCCAAGUGGGGAUUGGCGAGAAAAGUAAAGCCAUCGGAAGUAGUCGGUUGCGGGAUGAUGGAUGAUAGUUAUAUGUAAGCGACCUUCUGGCUUUUGUAUAUCGGGUUGGAUUAAAUUGAUUUAACCUAGAUUGAUGAAUGAAGUACUGUACAUAAAGUCUUAAGAUGCCCCUUUCAACUUCAACUUUCAAGUUCUAGGUUAGUAAGAUAACGAUAUCCGCCUAAACUUUGAAGUGAUACGAUUGAAGUGAUACGAGAAUGAUACGAACCCAUUGGAAUUUUACCU